AUGAGCGUGUUAUGUCCCCAGUCACCAUCCUACUGCACCUGCAUCGAUUGCGCAAUGAGCGGUGCUUCCUUCAAUAAAAUCGACCACCGGCAAAGCACAGCACCUUUCGUCAUCCUAACUUCAGACCGAUUGGACACCCACAGGAUGUCUUCCUACGAUAGUAGACGUAACACUAACCGAAUCCAGCGUGGCAAUCCCGCUAGCGGUAGUGAUAAUCAAGACCGACGACAGAAUACCGGCACCCGCAACCAAAGACGAGCUUACAACUUCCAACAGCAGAAGAUCGCUAAGACCGAUUGGUCUGAAGCUCGCGAAUUUGAAGAGCGUCCCCCAAAACCAAGAGGCCCUACCCAGCGUAGUGUAAGUUGGAGGGAUAAACAGCAAGAAAAGAAGAAGAAUAAGCAAGAGAAGAAAGAUGAUGCCUCUGCUGCCUAUGAUUUCAAAGCAGUUCAAGAAACAGCUCCUGUAGAUGAACCACUCUACGAUCUUGGACCACAUUGCAGCUCAAUUCCUGUGCAAGAGAACUACUCUCAAAACUUUGAGUUCUCUGGCUACAUUGAUCAAGUUGAAAGAUCUUACGAGACGAUGAGAGGCAUUGACCCCCGGCUUGACCGCCGUUUACCGUUCUCGAUGUUCCAACAUUCGAUG